AUGAGUGCGCAACUUCAGAGUGGUAUCCAUUCCCAUGACGCCUACGUCGGCUUCUGGACGAAUUGGUCCUCUGGCAAGAUACAAGGAGCAACAGUCACUUUAACACGCCGCAAUGGGGGACUACUUGUCGCAUUCUUAGCCCUCUUUGUUGCAACUGCUGGUCGAAGUUUCUGGCGCAUCAUCUGCUUUAUGCUCCACUGUUUUCUUUCGAAGCCUUCGAGUCCUCAAGACGGCCUAUAUCAUCAACGUCAGGCCCUCCUACGGAAUAAUGAAGCAGCAUUGAGUGCAGCGUGGCAGUUACUAGAAAUGAUGGUUGUAUGGAAGAAAAGCUUUCGAUCACCCAUGUCUGCUACAAGAUGUCAGAAUCGGAUGCUUGUCCCGAUUCAGUUCAGAACAAAUGUGAUCAGGCAUGGCAUCUGCAAAAAGAGAUUUCCUCGAGAUUUGGGUUUUAACGAUUACAGUAAAGCUGCAGAUAAAGUGUACAGAAGGCUGCUCCCGAUCACGGCAGCUGCGAUCACGAUCUCCGUUUGCUUCACCAUUGCUGGCAUAUUCUCCUCUAAUGUUACCACGAACGAUGGCAAUGAGAUUCUCUUGACUGGGAGGAAUUGUGGCAUACUUGACCUUGACACCAUCCUCAACAAUAUCACUUUGCUUGAUGCCGCCAGAUCGCAGGAUGCGAGACGUGCCCAGGGUUUCUUUGACUACGUUCGUACUUGUUACGGGGAGGGUAACACUGCUGGGACGGAUCGAUGUCGAUUCUACGUAAAGCCGCGACUCGCGCUUCAAGUUGACUCAAAUGCGCCUUGUCCAUUCACAAAUGAGAUAUGCCAUUCCACGACAGGAAACCUUCGACUCGACACUGGCUAUAUUAACAUUCAUGAGGAUCUAGGAAUUAACGCACCCCCGAAAGACAGGUUCUCUCUACGUAUAGUACAUCAGUGCGCCCCACUGAAAGCAGACGGUUACACCACAAUCGAGACCGAAAUCGAUCGUAAUAACAGCAACGUACCCGUCAAUUUCACUCGUGUCUACUACGGUUCCUGGAACAAUAUGAACUUCCCGGAAUACAAAAACUAUACUUUUCAGAAGGGCAUGCCGUAUACAAGAACUAUGAGCAAAUACAGCCUCGGUUUAGAUUCAGACUAUGAAUUGGGGUUUGUUGAAGCAUAUCAGAACAAUAGCCUGAAUCGGGCUAUACGUUUCGAACCCAUUCCCCAACUUCUGGUCCCCAAUGCAGACCUGGCACUGUAUUUUCUAUCAGCACCCUAUGUUGUUUUUCAAAACAAGGUUGACGACCCUUGGUUCUCUGCCCAUGGAGAAGGUCCAAUGACGAGGAACUUGGCUACAGGUAAAGUGGUAGCAAGAUACUUUACGAAGGAUGCCAUGAUCAGUACGGUAGGGUGCACUACUCAACAACAGAUCUGUAAUCCCAAUACCGGUAAAUCUAUACAACCGCGCUGCGAAGAGCUCCGUGGAGAAUACAUGAACUACCAGCAAUCUACAAGCAAACUAUGGGAUACAGAUAGUCAGCGAGAAACCUUUGAGUGGGUAUAUUCGAUUUUCAAAAGGAGUCGAUUAACAAUGAUCAACCUGGUUCAAUUUGCAGGGCCAACUGCAUUAGCAGCACGGCACAGUUUAUUCUCCGGCAACCAGGGUGUGCUCCCAUCCAAUCAGUGGCAGAUUGAGAUGGAAAAUAUCGUGAGUGCUUCUCUUGCUAGCUUGCAGGAUGUCUUUGCAGAUGCAAGUGAAGGGCCCCCAACGGCAAAACUUCAUGAUGCCUGGAGGCGUCCGGAAUCAAACAACACUGCAGCAAAACGUGCUUGUCAAAACCAAAAACUUAUCAGUACAAAGUUCUUUUCUUUCAGCGUCUUAGGGCUUUCCUUGAUUUUGAGCCUUGGGGCAAUCUUCAUAAUUCUUGAAUUUUGCCUCGAACCUGUCAUCGGGCAGCUCCACAAGUCUACCUAUUCGCGUCCUCGAGAUAUUGAGCCCGCUGAGAAUAUUCAAAACUCGUCAAAUCCCGCCGACAAAGAGUUCAAGAACAGAACACGACAGAUCGAAACGCUCCAUGCUGAAAGACGCGUGACCGACCUGUCGCGGGCUUCGACACAGAUAUCGCUAUAUGACACCAUGAAAGCUGCAAGACAUAUGGAAUGGAAUUCUAAUUCCACGUUUCAGCUACAGCGUCUUGCACAUGAUGGGAUAGGCUGCGGUACAUGGGAGCGCACAUCGUCUAACGUGCCUGUAACACGACCAAAUCAAACACUGGCAAUGAUUGGCAUUCGCGGACCGUCUGGAAGGCAUUUAUGCCUCGUCUCGCCCGACAAGAUCGAGAUAGGUGAAGAAAUUAAGAAAUAACACAUCGGUUGUUGGGCGCGUUGGGUAUAAGUAUUGUGCUAAUACACAGCAUCUAUUCUUCAUAUUGUAGCAGUGUUGAUGUCGUCUCGAACCUUGAUUCGUAGAUGUAGUGGACCUUUUUGUACCAUCAAAACAAUGCGGAAAUCUUCAAACCUGGCCGAAGCCUCAUCUGCCCAGAUAUCAAACGUCCAUAGCAGUCGUGUGAGUACAAU